CGGAGGAGGGGCCCUAAAAGUGAUUGCGGGCAGACCGAUUCCAUCCUUCCAAAAGCCAGACAACCCUCAGCACGGUCUGCGGGCGCACUUCAAAAGGGCUCGUUGGACGCUUAUUACUUUAUUGAACGUUUUGUCUUCAUCUCCGGGCGAAGAGUGGAGAAGCUUGGGUCUACAUCAUGGGAGCGACAACAUCUGUGCAACGGGACGCCAAGAGCUCCGAAGAUGCUGCAACCGAUGAGCGGUGCACGGAGGUGAACGAGAGCCGGGAUGGGGAGCUCGUAGACGAAAAGCAGAUGCAGAAGAAUGGACAGAUCUCUGUCUCCAGCCUGAAUGGGAAGACAGACGAGCACACAGACUUUAAUGGACUCUCUGAGGAUAAAACACUCUCUGAGGUAGGCCAGACUGAUGCCACACCCCAGAAAGAAGACAGUCCUGAGACAAUCGAGGUGCUCCAGGAUGAGGUCUCCCCUCAGGUUAAUGGAGAGCAGGAAGAGAGUGAAUGUGUUAAAGCAGAUAAAACCACAGCCAUAGAGGAGACGGUGGUGGAGGAGAAGCCAAACGAGGCCAAUGAGGUGGGCUUCAAGAAGAUUUUCCGCUUUGUUGGCUUCAAGUUCACACUGAAGAAGGACAAGAAUGAAAAAACGGAGCCAGUGCAGCUGCUGACAGUGAAGGAAACGGAGGAUGGUGCUUCAGAGGCUGUUGCUGUGGAAAGCAAAGAGGAAACAGUGGAAGUAAAAUCUGAGGAAGAAAAUAUAUCGGUUGCACCACAGACAGAAGAAGAGGUCACCAUUAAAGACACUGCUGAUGCAGAAGCAGCAACAGAUCUCCCUCAAACUGAUGCUCCAGCUGAGACCACGACAGAUGGUGCCGCAGCACCAGAACAGACACACACUGAGCAGCCGGCUGAAGACAUGACAACAGCUCCGGAGAAAGAAUCAGAGGUGCAAGCCGAAUCUCCCACAAGCCCAGGUUCUCAAGAGAUGCAGUCCUCUUUCAAAAGGUUCUUUACCCAGGGAAUUUUCUCCAACCUGCGGAAAAAGACAAGCUUCAAAAAGCCCAAAGAGGAAGAACCAAUGAAGGAGAAGUCUGUUGAGGAAGACAUAAAGGAGACUGAUGAGAAACCAGGAGAGGUGGCAGCAGAAAAGGAACAAGUUAAAGAUGAUAUAGAGGAGGUGGCAGCUGAUAAACAGGUGGAUAAAGUAGAAGCUCCAGAUGAGGUUAAGGAUGAAGGAAGCCCUGAAGAAGCUCCUUCUAACACUGAGGAACCAAAAGAGGAGGAGCCAAAGGUGCAGGCCACAGCAGCAAAUGAGACUGAAGCACCACCAGAGGCUGAACCUGUUGCUCAAACUACAACUUGUGAAGAUGCAGACACCCUUAUUGCUGGAGCUGGUGAGGAAGCGAAACCUGCUGAUGAUCCCAUACCUGUUUGUGACAAACCAAGUGACUCUACAGAGGAGCAACAAAGUCCUGAGAAAUCCCCUGCUGAGGCAACCACUGAAGCAGAAGUUCUUUCAACUCAAGAAAAAGUCAAAGCUCAGGGAAGCCCACUGAAGAAGCUGUUCACAGGAGCAGGAUUGAAGAAGUUGUCCAAGAAACAAAAGGGCAAAAAAGAAGCAGAGGUGAAAGUUCCAGAAUCUGGUGAACAAGCGGCUGAGCAGAUCCAGCCAUCCACCGAGCCAGCUGAAUCUCAGAAACCUGACAGCAGUCCUUCAUCAUCAGAAGAAUCAGGUGAGCAUGUUGUAGAAGAGACCCCUCAAUCUGAGGCUGCUGAUGCAGGUGAGGCAGCUACUUCUGACAGUGAGAAGAAGAAAGAUGGUAUCCUUCCUUGGGCAUCUUUCAAAAAAUUAGUCACUCCAAAGAAACAUGUCAAAAGAUCAUCGGAGAGUGAAGAUGAGACAUCUGGUGACAAGCCCAAAUCUGCCACCUUGUCCUCAACAGAGAGUGCUGUACUUGAUGACAAACCUGAGGAGAUGAAACCAAGUGAUGAAGUAAAUGAGGAACCUAAGGAGGAAUCACAGAUUGAAUCCAAAACUGAGACAAAAGCUGAGAAGGCUGAACAAAGCACAGAGGAGCCAAAGAGGAAGAUGGACACUUCUGUUUCUUGGGAGGCCCUUAUUUGUGUUGGUUCAGCCAAAAAGAGGGCCAGAAAGACCUUGGAUUCUGAUGAUGAAGAAACUAAAAUUGACGAAGAAGUGCAACAGUCUGGAGAAGAACAGCCUAAGACUGCAGAGUCUCCUCUCACAAGCUCCCAAGAGGCAGAACGUGAAAAUGUGGCCUCAUCUUCAGAGCCAGAGGGAGAGCUUGUCUCUACAUGGGAAUCCUUCAAAAGGCUGGUAACUCAUCGAAAGAAACCCAAAGCAGAGGAGAAAUCUGAUGAAGCCUCAGCCCCAGAGCAGGCAAUGUCUGACAGUGAAAUGCCCAAAGAGGAGUCUUCCUUUUCUCUCAGAAAACUAAUCCCCAGAAGAAAGAAGAAGUCUGCCAAACAAGGGCAAGUGUCUUCUGACAUUGGAUCUGCAGAGGAAGACUCUGACACCCCAGCUGUGGUGCCCCUGUCAGAAUAUGAUAACGAACAACCAGAAAAGGCUGUGGCUGAUGAAGUCAAGAUAGAUGAGACAAAGACAGACGUCGCACCAGUCACUCCUGCAAAGAUUUCAGCAGAAGAUCGAUCACCAUCUUGGAUCUCAGCUACUGUGGAGGAUAUUGAAGACGAAGCACGGGGAAAGCAGUUAAGCGAUAUACCUGAAGAAGGAGAUACAGCUGCUACACCUAAAUCAACUGACAACACCAUUGCAGAAGACAUUGUAGAUUUCACAUCUGAAGCUGUUACUGCCCUUGAGCCAGUAGAAGAAACUGAAAUGGUCUCUGCUAUGUCACGUGUCACAGCAUCACCUGUUACAUCUGGUGAAACCACACCAGUUCCAGGAGAUGUGCUGCAGAAGGAUGAAAUUAUUCUACAGGAAGCUGUGGAAACCGUCAGUGUUACAUCAAGUGCCAUGGCUGUCACAGUAACUGAGGAACUGAAAAAAAUGAUUCCUGCCUCUAGUUGCAUACUCCCAGUCCAGUCGGCAGUCGAGGAUGAAAACGUGGUGUUGGUUGUUUGUGAGAAAAGUGAGGCCACAGCCCUUUCCACUGGCCUUAAAACAAGUGAAAUCAAAGGUGUGGAAGAGGAGAGUCCUUUGAAGGCUUCAGUGGAAUCUGUCACAGCUGUUGGCAAAGCAGGGUCCAUGGAAAUAACUGUCAAAGAGCAGACCCUAAAACCUGAGGAAGCUGGAGUGACGCAGGACACUGUUUUUGAGGUACGGGUAAAUGAAGUUCAGACGGAGUACAAAGAAGAGACUCAAGUGUCUGUAGAAAAUGCUGUGGAGAUGACUGCACAGGCAGAGGCAAUGAAAGAGACAUCAAAGACUGAGACUGUAGAUGAGUUCCAGCAAGCAACAGCAGUUAAAGUGGCUGUGGUUAGUGCCAUUCAACAGGAGGCAGAGAUUCUUGAAGAACCAGUAUUGUCAGUAAAAACUCUAAAAGUGGAGGCAGAGGGUCCAGUUGAACCAACUGUAGAAGAAUCGGUUUGUGCACACACUGUGCAAGUCACCGAAACAACUGUGUCUGAAGGUGAGAAAGUGGACAAGCUAAAGGAUGUUAAGGACUCGGUCACUAGUGUUGUGGUAGCAUCGGCAGAGGCAGUAGCAAUGGCACCAUUAGAAGAAAGAACAACCGUGUUAGCAGAUGAACCUGUGACUGGGCCAGCUAUGUUUAAGGAAGAUAACACUCCUGUUGCAGCCUCAGGAGAGGAAUCUGCAGUGACAGAAGAGAUUAUAUUUGUUAGCCCAGACUCUAAAACAGAAGGAGAGCUGAAAGAUGAGAGUACUAAAAAGGAUGUUCCAGCCCUUGUCACAACAAGUGACCUUAAAAUUCAGGAUACUGUGAAAGAGAUGGUCUCAGCAAAUGUUCUGGUUGAGGGGCAUGUGGAAGGUGCAUCAUCAAACAUUAGUGCUGUUGUUGAGGAAAGGUGUGAAAAGGUUGAGGAAGAGGUCAAACUUUCACAUACAAUGCAUGUGAAAGAAGAACAAGAAGUGAUUCAGGAACAGAGCACUGUCAUUGUCCAGGAAGUCAUUCAAAAUGUAGUUGAGAACCUUGGUGACUUGAAUAUAAAACAAUUACCUGGAGAGACACCUGUGGGGGUGAAGAACGGUACCACAGUGGCAGAAGAAACAACAAAAACUGAAGAGGUUCCAUCGGCUUUUGAAAAGACUGAGGAAAAAAUCACAACAGCCAUUUCAGCUGAAGCGGAUAAACUUGUAACAGAUGUACCAGCAGCUCAAAUAGCAGUCCCAGAUGAGAAAGCUUCAGAAGAUGUACCAGUCCAUGAAGAAAAAUAUGCAGUUGAUUCAUCAGUCCAAGUGGAAAAACCUACAGCAGAUAUAAAAGUCCAAAAAGAAAAACCCCCAACAGAAUCCAUCACUGAUAAGCCCCUUGAUGGCAGAGUUGAAAUAAAAGCUCAGGAGGAGGAGGUUCCUACAGUUUCUACAGAUGCCAGGCAAGAAGGUACAGAUGUAAUAAUGCAAGAAAUAAAGUUGGGAGAAGUUGAAAAGAUUGUGGAAGAUGAGAAAACAGUUGGUAAGAGCACAGACCUUGAAGACAGAAAACGUGGAGUUGACAAAGAGCUAAAGGAUGUAGAAACUGAAAUCCAGAAGGUAUCUACAGACACACCAGCUUCAGAGGCUUCAACAUCAAAGGAGAGUUAUGAAACAAGGGAAGUGGCCAUUGUUGUGAGCAGAAUGGAAGAACAGGUCCUAGAAGAGCAGUGCCAGCAGGUUCAAGACAUAAAGACUAAGACAACGAUGGAAAUAAAUGCUGGAAUGAUACAUGUAUUGGAUGCCAGUGAUGAGCCAGUCAAAGACACUGAAGCAACUAUGAAAGAAGACAGAUGUGAAAACCAGGAACCAUUGGAAGAUAGACCUCAAAUGGUCUUGGAUGGAGCUCAAAAGGAUAUUUCAACACAGGACAUGAAAGGCCAGGAGGGGCACGGAGAUGCCCUCUGUCAACAUGCAGAUGCUGAAGCCAGUGAGGCAAAAGUGGCUGUUGAGGAGAAUGCCAUUAAAGAGGAGAUGGACCAUAUCUCCACAGAGACUGCAACAGUUUCAUGAGCCAAGACCACAUGUGUGAGGUGGUCACGUGAGGAUCACAGUAUUCCGAAAAGCAGGAACCCUGAAGCUACUGUGGAGGACACAAAGUGAGAACCUCUGUCCCCUCAGCAGAGCAGGAGGCUAGAAGUCACCCUCUUUACUUUCUCCAUUCAUCCAUCCAUUCCUCUUUUCACAAAUCUGUCCAUCACUCCACAGUAACUGUUCAGUCGCCAAGAUGUGUCAGUUCCUUGCCCUCACUGAGGUUUACAUGCGGACCUCUUUGCCACGUGGGCUCAGAUGCUGCUCAUCUCGCUUGUAAUUUUUUGUGAUGAACAAAAUGUUAAAACGUGAUGUUUUAUUCUUGCCGAGCCAUUGCUGUUCUGUGGAAAGCUGCUGUUGGGUGGAGAGAAUAUGUGUGAAUGCUUUGUGUGUGUACGUAUGCGUCUGUAAAUGUGUGUUGGCGAAAGAGAGUUGUUUCAGAGCAGGAGGGUUGUUAUGUUGUAUAUUGUAUUUAUAACUAAAAUAUUCUCUCAGACAUCCCAGCCGUAACCUUCUGUGUUGCAAGUCUAUGAAAGUUUGAUAUUUGUCAGAUGUAAGACUAAAACAGUGUCUUGCAAACAUGGUACAUAUAUUUUACUCAGUUAUGUAUGCUUUUUUUUAUGCAGUUGUAAAACGUAUGUCCAUACAUUCAUUUUGUUUUAAAAUGCAUAAUCAUUUUAAUUUCCUACUGAACAUUUUAGAAAACCUAAUUUCCUAACCAUGACUGUUAUAUUUGUAGUUAUACACCUCCUGACAGCCACAAACAUGACAGUAAAACAGAUUUCACUUUUGACGUGUGACAUAUUCUAGAGCAUUGUAUCAGAUUACUGAUUUUAAAUUAGCUUUGGCACCACUGUGCAGUGGCAUUCAGUAAGAUGCAUACACGUGUGUUCUGAAUCGUAUGCCUUCACAGCCUGUAGCCACAACUAUGUUCUGCAUUAUUUGGUUUCUUUAAGACUGAUUUCUCAACUGGGCAGAGGGAACUAUAAAACACUGAUGUUCGGAGACUAGGAAGUGCAUUUGCACCAUCUGGUGGUUAGCCAGUCAUAUUCAUUUCAUUCACACUCCAUGGGGUUUUUAUUGAUAUUGUCCUAAAACACGCAUGUUUUGAGUUUCUCGGCUCUGUAUCAUAGGCUAACAAUAUUAUUCAUUCAGAUUAUACUUUUGCCUUUUUGAACACUUUAGUUGUAUUUCACUUGUAAUGACUGUUUCCAUACUUGCCAUUCUUUUGCUCCACGAAGCCACAAGAUUAGACCAAAAGAGAAUGUGAGGGUGUAUGGGUGGGCAGACAUUGCAGUGUCUAUGUGAACUGCAGUGCUUUCCAAAUUAUUUCUUGUCAUUUGUUCAGUUCGUGUUGAUUCUCCUGUGCUAUGUGAGGUGGAAGAUGCAGUAGCGAGAGUGGCACGUUGACACGGUAUGAUGGUGUGCUUUCACGACAAUGACAAGAUGACAGCAAAUUGCACAGAGUAUGCAAGGGAUGUUUGGAAUCUCUGCAAAGAGGCUUUAUUUUUUUGAAAAAUCACAGGUAAAACAGAAAAUAACACUAACAAACCCAAGAAAGGUCCGCUACUAUUGUCACGGCUUGUAUGCACAAAAAAACAUCCUUUUCGCAGCUUUCAAAAAUAUAUUACUGUGAAGCUCCUUAACAUUUGUACAAAUUGUAUACCUGUGUAUCUUAAGACAUAUUGUAAUAUUAACAAAUAACCAAUGAGAGCAUUAGACAAUGUUAUGUAGCAUGAUUUUCUGUUUUUUUAUUCCCCAAGCUGUUAAUAGUAUGGAUACAGAACUAUGUCUAUAUUUCAUCCAAAUAAAGUUAGCGUUGUAAAACCA